UUCUCUUUGGCAGGUUGCGAUGACACGCAUCCUUUUUGUCGCCUGGGCUGUCAUUCUGUUGGCACCUCACAGCGCUAGAGUGCAGGCAAGAGGAACGACUGGUCUUGCAAGAAGUGACGCUGCAAAGGGUAGUAAAGAGGCAGCCAUUACUAUCACAUCUAACGGUGUGCUCGUGAACGAUGGCAGAGUGGUCGAAGGCUCUACGAUGAUCAUCAGUUGCGCUGUGGUUGAUCACAUACAGGGUCUACAAUAUCGCCUGACACUUUUAUUUUACAACGAGGUUUACAAGGGAUGGGAAGAUAUAUAUAUUAUGGAUGUUAUUGGCAAUUCAUCAUACAUUCAUUACGUUAUUACUAAUGUCACAGUGGAUCAAAUAGGUAAAUACCGUUGUCAACCAAUUACAUUGGACAAGAAUCGCCUUUUGAAAGCUGAUGUUACAUCGCUUAGGCUGGUAUCCCCAAGGCUUAUUGAACGUAAUGCAACGGCAGUGGAAGGGCAUCGUGCCGUUCUUCGUUGUGAUGGCACAAACUUUACCUCUAUUACUUGGAGUUCUCCUGGACGUGAUGUAUACAAAGACACGUCAAUUCGUUUCAAGGGAAAGAAACAUAAAGAGAUGAUCAUUGCCAAGGUUUCUCGUGACUAUGCUGGCACGUACGAGUGCAGGGCAGUUACUGACGAAAUAGUGACAAACAUUGUCGCCUAUCCUCAACUGGUUGUCUACUAUCCACCAGCUAUAUUGCAACACCCUGUCGACAAAGAAGUUGUUGUUGGUGACUCGGUACAAUUUCGAUGCCUUGCGACAGGUCAUCCCACUCCUAUCAUUACAUGGAAACGAAACAGUACUCCACUAGAUGUGGUAAUAAAUGGGACAAGGUUUGCUAAGUACUACCAGUCAAACACGGGACACAACUUUAUGCUGGAAAUAAAAGCCGUACAAUCCGGAGAAGAUUCCGGCUGCUACAGCUGUCAAGUCAAAAAUGCAUAUGGAAGCGUAGAAUCAAAAAACGCCCAUUUGUCAAUUACAGAUUGGUCUACUUCUGUCAAGAUAACGGUGUUGGCUGUCUACAAUAACUACACCGAAAUAUUUGUUGACUUGGUUUGUCUUCGUCAAGAACGCAAAAGCAGCAAGCAUGUCACUACUUAUACCGCAUGUUGUAGGAGGUGGAAAGACACAUCUGUGGAAUCCUGUACAUCUAGGGUUAGUAGCCUUAGAGCUAGGGUUCCGUGUACUUUUAUAAAUAGGCGCAAGCACAUUUCUACAUCGCCACUUCACUUGAGAGUUUGGAUAGUCGCUACCAACCAUUGGGGGUCCUCAGUGUUAGACAUUGAGAAACUGACGGUGACUGUCUCAAAAGUGGAUUUGCAGUUUUCUCGAAAUCCUCUUCCAUUCUCUUCGUUUUCAUUGCUGUCUCCAGCUACUGAACGUCCUGCCGUCACACCCAGGAUGGCUUGCCCCAACACAUCCAAUAAUGAUUUGUUGAAUGUGUUCUCAAGGACAAUAUCUGACUUAAAUAUACAGUUGCCACGUCGUCCUACAAAGGUUGUUGAGGCAAGUGGAAAACCUAUCUCGUCUACAAACUCGCCUGGCCUACUGUUGACGGACGAUCUUAUAUCUCUGUCAUCUAAAGAUGACAACGUCGUGACCAUUAAACCUACUUCGUAUGGUCUAUCUUCAAAUGUGCCCAAAACUAUUGCAGUUACAAUGUCGAAUAGCAAUGAGGGACGAGAUCAAUUUGUGACUGGUAAUGCUACUGAAGUAAUCCUUGAAGAGGUUGUCAACCAACGUUCAGACGAUCAUAACAUAACGAUUCAUCUCAUAAUUUCCGUCGCCGCUAUAACAGUCGUGGUAGUAGUCGUGGUUUUGGGAGUUUAUAUUUACAAGAUACGAGGGCACAAACGCAAUCCGACGACAACAUAUGGAAUGCUAACAACUCAAACAAAUGAUACUGAUGUACUCGAAAAGGUACGGACGCUACAGACCCAGACACAAGAUGAAAUGGGUAGAAUAAAAAACGUGGUGGUUAGUACUAUUCAUGCAAUUGAUACUGAUGUACUCGAAAUGUUACGGACGCUACAGACCCGGACACAAGAUGAAAUGGGUAGAUCAAAUUACGUGGUGGAAAGUACUAUUCAUUCAUUUGAAGGAAGUCUCCAUGUGAUUAAUAUUGAUCCCGAAGGAGGCGAAUAUCAAGCAGGAAGUACUGCAAUCUUUGUUCAUAGGGGAGCAUGUCAGACAUCUCAGCAAAUAACUGUUCAAUCAGUAUUUAAAGACGAGCCGAUUAACGCACUAGACGUAGAUAAUAAAGAGCUUUUUCGCUUCAGUGGAGAUCUUGUGCUUGAACCUCAUGAGCUAGGGUUCCGAAUGCCGAUAGAACUUCGAUUUCCUUUUACAGCAGUGCGCCAGGGAUGGAUAAUGUUGUUGUUUAGAGAAGAACCAGGAAAGGGGUGGAAGACUGCACUUGCUUUCGAUGGUGACACUGGUCAAGUAGAACAGGACAGUCAUUGUGAUUAUGACGUCGAUACGGCCACUCUAAAGCUGAGACAUUUUUGUAAAUAUCGUUGGUGUGGCUACCGGAAAGAGAAUUGUUCCAGUUCAAAGAAGGCCGUAAGAUGUCUGUUGUUUGUCAGGAUGAACUCUUCAGGAAGGAGCUGCGAUUUUGUUCUUCACUUCUGCGAUAAUUGUGAUGACGUAAUUAAAAAUGUUAUAGCGAUGGAAACAAGUUUCAAACGUCCUAAGUUUUAUUAUGCAGAUGGCCAUAAAAUUUUUAUAUCUCCAGAAGGCAAUCUAAGCAUUAAAAUGACGUCCGGUUACUUCAAAGUGGAUGACAUUCCGGAGGAAACGAUUUCUCUCAGUGAUUUGUGGCCUGAGCAAUACUGUGGAACACUAGAGAAAGUUUCUUUUUCUGCAACUUUAGUAAAACCGUUAGCUGAAAUGGAAGAAGACCUUACACUGUUCGUUAACGUUACAGUCGCAGACAAAGUAGUAAAGCUGAAAGCAAUCAUUGAGCGUCUAAAGCAGCCUUCAGACACUGAUACAUUAUCGACUUCUCCUGCUCACAGCUUGAACUCACUACAGAGCGACCUCUCGAGUGGACUGGGCUCGUUGGCAUCAUGUCAAGACAAUGUUCAUGAAAGGUCUUCCCCUUCGAGUAGAAAAUCCAGUCAAAUGUUCCGAUUUCAAACGCUUGCUUCUUUAGGUUCCAAUGAAGACAUGACUGAAACAAACAGCGCAAAAAUAUUUGAGAAGUUGUCUGAAACCUUGGGUAAUGACUGGAAAUGUCUUGCUCGACGUUUGAGUCUGACCGAGGCUGAAAUUGAAAACAUCGAGGCAGAUCAUAAAGGGCAGAGAGAACAAGGCUACCAAACGCUCAUAAGAUGGACCAGAACAAAGGAAGCUACAAGGACAACUCUCUUCGAUGCGUUAAUUGCUGUUGGAGCGAUUUUCGAUCGUAGCGGGAUUUAAGAACAAGUAAUGCAUACAUUUUACGUAGUCUUUUUUCACAUGCACUUACGGUAUGGUUAUGCAUAAUAUAGUCUCCGUUGCAUACUAGAACAAUUGCGAUGAAACUAUGGCUCCGUUUUAAUUAUGCAAGGUAAAUUGUUGGCAAAUGCAAUAACAACAAACGGUUGAUACCGGCA